CGACACCUACAGGAUCUCAAAAGUAAACACCGUUGAAGCAUCCCCGGCCAGGCUGGAUUUUGAAGCGCUGGUUUACGGCUGUGCGGUGAGGGCCUUUGGCUCAAUAGCUGCUCGCAUCAAGGAUUCGAGCGCCAUGAUGGGCGUGUGACUGAGGAGACCAAGAGGAGCAUAGUGGGUACUACGGCCGCAUCAACGCUCUCCUUGAGCUGAAGUGUCUCUGCCGUUCAAAGUCUCCACGAGCCUUCAUUCACAAAUCUGCGGCAGCGAGCAAACACGAAAAAAGCGAGCUGGACACUACUCCACUACUCCACCCCACAGCAAACUACUGCAACACCACCGCAAUCGUUUUCCAUUCCUCAAUUCUCUGCGAAAACAUCAUGAGCCUACAGACUGCAAUGCGUCAAUCCGCUCCUCAGUACAGCAGCAGCAAACCAUCGGUCGGCGUUGGUAUGUGGACGGAGGAAGAGCACGCCCGCUUCCUCGAAGGCGUCAAGCUCUUCUCGAGUGGACCCUGGAAGCGUGUGGCCGCCUACGUCGGUACGCGCAACGUACGCCAAACCAUGACCCACGCGCAAAAGUACCGGUUGAAAGCUGCGCGCCGACUGCGCGAGGCACAGCGCAAACAGGCGGCGGCGCGGCACGGACUGCACAAUGCCCACCGGGGCAUCGCAGUCGAUAGCGCUCUAGCGCAGCGGACACUGCAGACACCGUCGUCCGCCGGCGGACUCGGAUUGGGUUCCUACUCGAAGAUGCGACUACCCUGCACCUGCACUGAGAAGGAAUGUCCGCACAUGGACGACGCCAGCAAGAUCUACAUGUCCAUUGCGGACGCUAUCGAGAUCCUCGACUCCAAGUCAUCGGUUGUCUCUAUUGCCGGCUCGCCGGUGUCCCCGGAUGACACGCUCGGCAACACCUGGCUGAACGUGGGUACGUUUGACCCCGUGAUCAAGAUGGAUGCAUUCGGCAAAGACGACCUCGUGCCGUUGGACUCUACAGCCAGCGAUUCGGGUGCAUUCCCGACGCUCGAAGACUGUGCUAGCGAAUUAUUGGAGCUGCUCUUCUGAGCUCCUUUCGUUAUCAUCGACCCGCCUCGGACGCGUGUAGCCGAAAGGAAGUGCACGCGACCAACCCCCUAUGUAUUCAAGCUAUACAUGUAUAAUUGAUUGCGUGCUAGCUUCCUGUACCAAAGAAAUACAGCAUCUACCAUUGAGUUUCCAGCAUCAAA